GAAAGGAGGGUGAGAUGAAGAUGGGGUGUUUGGGGGGCACGUUUUGAGGUUUCCGGGUCCUGGAGGCACCAAGAAUUACUGGCAGAGGGGGGCAGAUUGAGGAAUCUUUAGUGGGGCCCGGAUGAAGGAGCGGAGUAAGUCCCCUCCCACCCGGCGCUCGUGGGAUGUAGUGCGCCUGCCCAGCGUCAUGGGCUUUCUCAUUGGCCAUUGGCGUGGGGCGUGUGCCACGCGUUCUGGGUGCGGAGCAGCGUAGUUUGCAUCUAACAGACUGGAUUCUUUCUCGCUGUCUGGGACUCAAUUGGUAUGCUCCCAGAUCAGUCCUCCCAGGAAUUUGAGCGUGAAGAGGAAGCCAGCAGGCUUUGGUGUGAAAUAUGAGUUGGCAAAUAAGGUCAACAUUCAAGCCUAGAGCAAGACGAAAUGAUCAAAACUCUUUCCAGCUAGUUGGGCCUGUGGUUCAGCCCAGUAUUGAACAACAUCAGCAAGAAGAGCCACCAACUGACCUUCAGGAUAGUAUGCCUGAUCAAGAGAAAAAAGAUAAAGUAGCACCUGUGGUUCAAGGUGAAGGCAAAGGGAAGAAAAAUACCUCGUGGCCUUCCCUGGAACCUGAUCAACAGGAACUGGUUCUUCCAAAGACUGGUCGUGAGCAUGGAGACGGUCCUGAUGUCAGAGGGAAGAGACUUGCAAAUCUAGAGUCCCUUAAAAUGCCGGAAGCAGGUGAAGGGCAAUCACAGGUUUAAACGAAGACAAGUUGAAACCAUGCAGACUGCUUUUGUGUUGGAAGUUUGCCUGUUAAACUUCUCUCAAUAAAGUUUUGCCAUCUUGUCCAAA